GCCCUAGACUGCACCGUAGACUCCCAGGUCUACAGACUAGCCUAGGAACUACUGCUGGCUUUAGGCCGGUGUCUUGCCGUUAAAAUGGCGGCUCUCUUGGUACUGGUGCUUUUGGUGGCCGUGACAGUUCGGGCCGUGCUGUAUCGCUCCAGCCUGGCCGGGCUCAUCUCCGAGAGGGUAGAAGUGUCGUCCCCUUUAAAUGCCUGGAAGCGAGUGGUCGAGGGGCUAGCCUUACUUGAUUUGGGCGUGUCUCCAUAUUCUGGAGAUGUCUUUCACGAAACUCCACUAAUAAUAUACCUCUUUCAUUUCCUGAUUGAUUAUGCUGAGCUGGUGUUUAUGAUUACAGAUAUGCUGACUGCUGUAGCCCUUUAUUUGGCCAUUCAGGAUUACAACAAAAUUUUGUUUAAAAAGCAAAAACUACUAAUAGAACUGGAUAAAUAUGCACCUGAUGCGACUGAGCUUAUCCAGACCCCCAUGGAAAUGUACUAUGUCCCACUCAAGGUUGCGCUGUUUUAUCUCUUAAAUCCAUACACUGUGAUGUCUUGUGUCGCAAAGUCCACUUGUGCCAUCAACAACACUGUAAUUGCUUUCUUCAUUUUGGCAACAAUUAAAGGUAGUGCCUUCCUUAGUGCUGUAUUUCUGGCCUUAGCAACAUAUCAGUCCCUGUACCCUCUCACCUUGUUUGCCCCAGCCGUUCUGUUUUUAUUACAGCGUCAAUUCAUACCAGUGAAAAUGAAAAGCAAAGGCUUCUGGCUUUACACCAUGCAGUAUGCAGGGCUGUAUUUGGGAAGUUUGACAGUGAUUGUUUGCCUCUCAUUCUUCCUCCUGAACUCUUGGGAUUUUAUUCCAUCCGUGUAUGGUUUCAUCCUUUCUGUUCCAGACCUGACGCCCAACAUUGGCCUCUUCUGGUACUUCUUUGCCGAAAUGUUUGAGCACUUCAGCCUCUUUUUUGUGUGCGUCUUUCAGAUCAACGUCUUCUUUUACACUAUUCCCUUGUCAGUAAAACUAAAGGAGCACCCCAUCUUCUUCAUGUUUGUUCAGCUUGCCAUCAUUUCCAUCUUUAAGUCAUACCCAACUGUGGGAGACAUUGCCCUCUACAUGGCCUUCCUUCCACUCUGGAGCCACCUAUACCCAUUCCUCCGGAAUGUCUUCAUCCUUUCCUGUGUACUCAUUGUCUGCUCCCUGCUCUUCCCGGUUUUGUGGCAUCUCUGGAUUUAUGCAGGAAGUGCCAACUCCAAUUUUUAUUACGCCAUCACUUUGACAUUCAACAUAGGACAGAUCUUAUUCAUCUCUGACUAUUUCUAUGCCUUCCUGCAGAGGGAGUACUACCUCACUCAUGGAAUCUACCUAAUUAGAAAAGACAGGACAGACCCCAUGCUGGUUCUCAAAUAAAGCUGGCAUCUGCUGCAGCUCUGGUCAGAACAGACUUCUAUGAGAAACAGACAACAUUUGGGGUGGGUGGGGAAUCUGCAGUUUGGAAAUAACCAAUUUAGUGCUGGUACAGAGUUGGAUGCAAAGAGCUUGCAGACAGGUUGAGAAGUCUGCCUGUGCGACCCACAGCCCCAUCUGAACCUUCUUCCUCCAACCAUGUCAUCACUGUGAAUACCGGCCAUCAGUUCUGGGGCUGAAUCAUCAGGACUUGGUGAAAUGCCUUUGGACUGAUUCCAAGGUGGACAGUGACAAGACCAUGGGUGGUGGUGAUUAUAAUUUCUGGGGAAACUGCUGGGAAUUUUCUGUUACAGGAAAGGAAUAACUUCGAUAAGCAUUUAUUUGGUUUCUCUUG